AAACCAGAGAAACGAAACUUAGAGGCUGUUGACUUUUGAAGCAGGAAGUGAAAUUAAACAAGCUGACGUUCAGCUCUGAGAAGCUGCAGGCGGAGAUUAUUUAUUAUCACCGAUUGCAGUUUUCCCUGCAGACGUCGGCAGAUCGGCUGAGUGUGAAGAUGAAGCUGCUUUUCUUCUUGAUGGUGACGCUGAUGACCUUCACUGAAAGGUCACUGCAUGCUUGGCCAGACCCCACCAGAGGUGGUUCUGGAGUCAAUCUGAGCGGGAAGAUGUUCACUUUGUCCGGUUAUUACGGAAGAUUGGUCUUCUAUUCACCUUACCAGCUGCCCCCCUGGGCUACUACUACAUCAUACCAAACCAGAGGUUACACCGACUCUGCCUCCACACCCAGCUACACCCAAACUAACACAGGCACAACUGAAAUGUCAACCCCUAACACGAAAAUCAACACCCAUAGACCUACAACUGGACCUUAUCAACCUACCACCAGCUCUGCCACUCGGUACCCAUGGUCCACCACUCGGUACCCAUGGUCCACCACUCGGUACCCAUGGUCCACCACUCGGUACCCAUGGUCCACAGCUCCUUCCACUAGAGGUGUGUCAGUGUGCUUGCGGUACAUCACAGACUCUCAGAGUGGCUCCAUCUUCACCCUCAGCCCAUCCAGCCAGUAUCUGAGGCUGGAGAUUGGUAGACCGCAAUCAUACGCACUGACCUUCAACAAUUACAACAGAGUUUACCUGCAACCUUACUUAAAACUCUGGCCUGGUCUGACGCCCAACAUGUGGACCAGCAUCUGCUUCACUGUGGACAACACGAAGGGUGUAGUCCAGAUGUUCAGAGACUCAGACAUGAGCAGCAGGAAGCUGCUGAAUAACCAGUACGUGUGGUCAGGUGAGCGUGUAAUGGAUUUUUCAAACUUUGAAGGUCAGAUCACUGAUGUCCAGGUGUGGGAUUAUCCUCUCCGUUAUCAAGAAGUCUUCUACUACAUGAGCAGCGGUGGCUACGGGUCCUACCAAGGUUCUGUACUCAGCUGGUCCUACAUCAGCUACUCUCAGACAGGCAGGACGCUGCUGGAGGACGGCUAUGAGCUGCAGAUGAGAAAACCAAACCGCAAGUGGGAACGAAGAAAUCACCUGAAGGGAGAAUUCAAGCCCAGAAAGGUUCUGCUCUUUGAGGAGCGUAAAAGAGAGCAAUGGAAGAAAGAGAUGUAAUGUUCAAUGAAAUCAUAUUACACCUUUUUGACCUUUCUAUCUGAACAUAUAAUUAACAUGAAGAUUAAUCAAUUAACAUUUGCACUGAUCAAAAAUAUUCCCAAAAUCACAUUAUGGUUUUAAUAGUUUAUUUUCCUACUUUUGUAAUUCAUUUUAACUUUCAACUACAAUAAAGUGAUUUCUAAUUAAA